AUGAAAGUGAUAUACGCAAUUAUUAUUUAUCAUUUACAUGAACAUUCUUAUACAUAUUUUUCAAAUACAUCAUCAAAUAUUUUAAUAAAUGAAAAUUAUACACGUUCAUAUGAUUUACUAUUAAAAUCAAAUUUACCAACAUUUGUCGAUAUUAAAUGGAAUCCAUGUGAACAUUUUUAUGAUUUUGUAUGUUAUAAAUGGACACAAGAAAAAUUAUUUACAAACAUGAUAGACAAAAAAUAUAAGAGAAUUCGGCAAAAACUUGAUGGAAAAUUAAUGAUUAUUAAUGAGACGAGACAGCGGACACCAGAUUCAGGAGUUGACGAACAAGUCGUUGAUAAUUCAACAUUGUCCAUAAUUCAAGAUUUUUAUCAAAUUUGUCAAUAUCAGCCAUCACAUAUUUUACUAGAUGAAUUACGUGCUCAUAUUUUCUCACUUAUUGAACAAUAUCCAUUUCAAAAUUAUUUUACAUUAUUUUCUAAUACAAAUUUAACAACAAAUGUAACAACAUUUCUGUAUGAUGAAUUAUUAUUUUCGAACAGUAUUUUAAAUCCAUUUUUUUCUAUUCAUGUACAAGAACAGUCUUCUACAAUUAUAUAUGAACGUCGACCAUUACUUCAAUAUCAAUUGACAUUUAAUAAUAUCAAACAACUUUUAAAAUUUAUUACAACAACAUUAAAUUUGAUAUCUGUUCAAUCUUUAUAUCAAUUUGAAACUGAUUUUAAUCAUUUAAUAUCGACUGAACAAUAUUUUUCUAAAUCAAAUGAAUAUAAUACAUACACAGAACAAUCAUUUAUUAUUAAACGUAUAAAAACAUACGAUUUUUCAUCAUGUCUCGUCAAUAGAACAUAUUAUCCAUACAUGAUUGGUGUAAGUGGUCUCAAAUAUUUAUUAAAACGUUUAAUUAAUGAACAAUUAGGUACAAAUACAAUAAAUAUAAUUCAACAUUUAGAUUCAACAAAUGAUGAUAAAACAUUUUUAGCUCAUAUUCAAUUAUUAUUAAGUGAAAUUGAUACUAUUGAACAUGUAUUUAUAUCAAUGAAUGAAACAUCAUCAACAAUAAGUAAAUGUUUGAAAAUGACACUAAAACAAUUGACAAAUAGAAGUUUGACAGCAAAUGAAGUUAAUCAAAUCUUUAAUUUUACCAUAUUAUUAAAUCAAACUAAACGAUAUUUAUCCAAUGAUUGGCAAUAUUUUGCUAUUUUACAUAAAAAUUUGUUAAUAAACACAUCUAUUGAUACUCUUGUCAAUUUUAUUCUGUGGAGAUAUUAUUUAAGAUUAUUAAUACCAUAUUAUCAACCAGUGGUGUCCAUACCAUCACUUAAUUAUAGAAUACACUCAAAUUCUUGUAUAAUUAAUAGUUGUUUCGAUUUAUUACAUUGUCAUUAUCCAUUUCUUUUAAAUUACUUGUUAAUUGAUGAUGAGAACAGAAUAUCAACUAUCCAGAAUGAAGAAGAAGUGGAACACAAUGACGACAAUGUAAUUCUAACACCAAUUGUUAAAGAUUUAAUAUUGCGUUAUCGUCAAUUAAUUGAUCAGUCUGAUCAUAUAGACGUGAAUGAAAAAUUGUCUAUUACAGAUGAAUUAGAUAAAUUAAUUAUUGUUGAAGGACAUUAUAAUAAACAGCGUACUAAAUAUCUCUUUAAAAAUAUGAACAGUUAUUUUUUACAACAAUUUGCUAUUCACGAACAUAACUGGACAUUUAUUGAGUUUGUACAAUUAUUUGUUAAUUAUUCUGAACAAGAAUACAAUAUUAUUGAACCUCAACUAAAUUCGUACAAUAUUCUUCCCACUUAUAUUUCUUCAAAACAUAUCCUCUUUUUACCAUACGGUUUUCUUAAUGAUUUAAAUGCAACAAAUAUUAUCUAUUAUCAAUAUCAAAUUAGUUUAUUAUUAUUACAGAUAAUUCGAGAGAAAACAAAGGUAAAACAAUUAUUUCGUUUAGAAUGUUUAAUAAAACAAGAUGAUUCUGAUCAAGUGAUAUCAUUGUCAAAUGAACAAAUUGUUUAUUAUUUAAUUCGUUCUCAAGUAAUGCAACAAUAUAACAUCAUAUCAGAUGAAUAUUUAUAUCCGUUUAUUAAUGCUAGUAUAAUCAUGCAAUUAUUUCUUAUUCAUUAUUCAUACAAUUUUUGUUCAAAUAAUUCCACUUUCUUCAACAAACAAUUAGACGGUUAUUUAAAUGAUGAUAAAAAUUUAUUAUUUCGAUGUCCAAAUGCUAUUUACUUGAAACGAUCAAAAUGUUUUCUUAAUUAA